GUCCAGCUGGGGUUCCCUUUCGGAUCCGGCGGAAGUGACGGCGUGGUGAGUGUGGCGGCCGCCGCCGCCCGGGACGCAGAGGACCCUCGGUCACGGGCACGCUCGCAUGGGGGCGGCGCCGAGCCUCCCCGGGGGCCACUCCUGGCCCCGCGCGCACAGACUCGCCGCCAUGGAUGCUCUGUUGGAAGCGAACGGCACCUUUGCCUUGACCCUUCUGAAACAUCUGGGUGAAGACAGCUCGCAGAAUGUGUUUAUCUCACCCAUAAGCAUCUCCUCUGCCCUGGCCAUGGUCCUCAUGGGGGCACAGGGAGACACCGCGGCCCAGAUGUCCCAGGCACUUUCUCUAAGCAGAAGCAGUGGCAGAGGUGGAGACGUCCACCAGGAUUUCCAGAACCUCCUCACCGAAGUUAACAGGACCGGCACACAGUACUUGCUCAGAACCGCCAACAGGCUCUUUGGAGAGAAGACUUAUGAUUUCCUCCCAUCUUUCAAAGAUGCCUGCCGCAAGUUCUACCAAGCGGAGAUGGAAGAGCUGGACUUUAUCAGCGCUGCGGAGGAAUCCAGGAAACACAUAAACACCUGGGUGGCCCAAAGGACAGAAGGAAACAUUAUAGACCUGCUGUCUCCAGGUUCAGUGGACUCCAUGACUUCUCUGGUUCUCGUGAACGCCAUCUACUUCAAAGGAAACUGGGAGAAUCAGUUUAACAAACAGCACACCAAGGAAAGGCCAUUCAAAGUCAGCAAGAAUGUGGAGAAGCCUGUGCAAAUGAUGUUUAAGAAAUCCACCUUUAAGAUGACCUACAUCGAAGAGAUAUCCACGAAGAUUCUCGUGCUUCCCUACGUCGGCAGCGAGCUCAACAUGAUCGUCAUGCUUCCCGAUGAAAACACCGAUUUGAAAACGGUGGAAAAGGAACUCACUUAUGAGAAAUUCGUCGAGUGGACGAGGCCGGACCUGCUGGAUGAGGAGGAGGUGGAGGUGUCCCUGCCCAGGUUUAAGCUGCGGGAGAGCUACGACCUGGAGGGCGUGCUCCGAGCCCUGGGCGUCACCGACGCCUUCGAGGGCGCCAGGGCCGACUUCUCCGCGAUGUCGGCCCAGAGCAACCUGUGCCUGUCCCGGGUCGUGCACAAGGCCUUUGUGGAGGUCGACGAGCAGGGCACGGAGGCGGCCGCCGCCACCGCCGCAGUCCUGAUGCUGCGCUGCGCCAGGAUCACCCCCAGGUUCUGUGCCGACCACCCUUUCCUCUUCUUUAUCCAGCACAGCAAGACCCGCGGGCUUCUGUUCUGCGGCCGGCUCAGCUGCCCGUGAGGAGGCGGCGGCCGCGGGCAGCCCCGCUGGGUCCUGCCGGCCCGCUUUCCCGGGUACUCCGUGACGCACCUGCGACCCAAAGUGGCCUUGGCGACAGUCCAGAAAUAAAGGGGCUGAUCGAGAA